AUGAUCUUCUGCAUGAUCUUGCAGGUUGGCAAAAAGAAUGAAAGUAGGACGAGAUCUCCAAGUGAUCCCCCAGGGUUGUUUUUUAAACAUGCUGGCCACAGGGAUAAAGUUGUUGACUUUCACUGGAAUGCAUCUGAUCCAUGGACGAUUGUGAGUGUAUCUGAUGAUGGUGAAACCUCCGGUGGAGGUGGUACACUACAGAUAUGGCGCAUGACGGACUUAUUGUACAGGCCGGAAGAGGAGGUCUUGGCUGAGCUCUAUCAGUUUAAGGACCAUGUGAUUGAAUGCACUUCGAAGUCUUGA